AUGUAUUCUAUAUAUAUACCAACAAGUCCACAAGAAAUAGAAAGUAGCAAGAAUUUAAAUUUUGGUUUGUUGAAGCAAAAGCACAGGAAGAAGAUCAUGAUCAUGCCACUUAGAGAGAUCGACGAGCACAAGAAUUCAACAGAAGCUGUGGCUGUGGAGGAGCCAUGCAUGUCCAGAGAGGCUGAUCUUCAUCAUCAGCUUCCAUGGAAAUGGAAUUAA